UCAGAUAGGACGCGACAAGAUCGCAUGAUGCGCGUGCGCACCGCAUACAUUCGUAAAUUCGUAUGAUUAUUUCGUCUUCAAUAUUUGUGACAAAUCAAAUCACUAACCUAACGUCAUUACGUCAGUUCAGUUUCAGUUGUAAGAAAUUUCGCGCGUGAGCUGGUCGUAAAGUGCACCUAAAUGAGAAAUAAUUGUUAACAUUAAAUAAAAUAUGUUCAUGUGUAGUGUGUCAAGUUUUUUAAUUUUGAAUUAAAUUAAGAUAUAUAAAGUGGUGGACCAACUUGAAAGACUAGAGUACCUUUUAUGAAAUGGGUUUGUUUACGCUUUAUAGUUGAUUGAUGGUAGUUAAUUGUAGUUUUAGUAAGUGUACGUAUAGAAAUUUCUUUAUUUAGUUUCUUACCAAAAUAUUAGUACUGAUGGAGGGAAUUCUCAAAUCCAAACUGUCGCUGUUGCUAGUGGCAGCCUGGUGGGGAGCGGCGGCAGGGCAGCCUAUCGAGUGCGACGGCCACCAGUACAACUGCACGGACGGCUAUUACUGCGACCGUGUGGUGUUCAAGUGUCGCAAGUGCAUCAACUGCGCGGAAUUCAACCGGAGCCCUCCGAUCGACCCCACCAACAAAUGCAUCACCUCGGUCGUUGAUUGCGGAGUUUGCUUUGAAGGGCUGUCGGAAGACGUGAAAGGGCUGCAGUGCGUGUCGGCGCCCUCGCUAACCUACGUGUGGGUGGGCAUCGCGCUGGGCGGCGUGCUGCUCUUCGUCGCCGCCGUCGUUAUCGUGGUCUACGUGCUGCGCAACACCGACACCUUCCGCGUCUUCUCCUCCACCACGUCGCUCCACCCGAGCUGCGUCAGCGGGCCGCCCGCAGCCGCGUCUGCGCCCGAGCCGCCGCCGCCCUACAACACGCUCUACACGCCCGUGCGCCCCGAGUCGCCCCCCGCCCCGCACCCGCCGCAUCUCACUGACGAAGAAGCGGCGAGCCCGUUCAUAAAGCGGCCACCGCCGCCGACGCCGACGCCGACGCCGACGCCGACGCCGACGCGCGAGUCGGCCGGCAACCAGGAGGCCAACUUCUACAACAACCCCUGCUACGUGCGCGGCCCGCACCUUCCCUCCAACCAUCAGACGGCGGAGCGCGAGCCCGAGCCGGAGUACCUGCACGACGAGAACACCGCCGAGAGCCCGUGGCGGCCCGGCGACGGCGACAGCGCCAACAACAACACGCAUGUCGUAUGGCACAAUUCGGAGUCCGGCAGCAGCAGCGCGUCGUCGACGAGCGCGGGCGCGGCGUCGCUGGCGGCGCAGCUUGCGGCCGCGCGCGGCGCCACGCUGGUGCGCCCGCCCUGCCAGGACGCCACCCCCAGCAAGGUGCCCCGCCUGCGACAGGACACGAACAACAACAGGAACAACCGCGACCGCGACGACGAGGAGACGCAGCCGCGUGCGGGCGCGGGCGCGGGCGCGGGCGGCGGCGCCACCUUCAACAUCCUCGUCAACGUGCAGCAACUCAACGACGUCAAACUCUGAGCCGCGCCCGAGCACGACGAACCCCGCCCUGGUGCUACGCUACAACGAUCCGCGGUUGCUCAAUACUGGUUUGCUCAAGCUGAGAUUUGCGAAGCAUUUAACCGCUCAAUGAGAUUAGCUAGUUAUAUUUGUCCACAAGCGCAAUGGCGUCAGUAUUUUUUACCUCAAUUAAGUUAUGUUUGAGAAAUAACUAUAAAAUCUUGACUAGCUGCGCGCUGUGUAGUUGAAUGCUGUAUUUUAAUACCAAAACGUGGAUCAUUUUACAAUUAGGCAAAAAGUGUAUCGGUAGGAUACGUGUCUGAUCUGCGUGGUUUUUCCUAGUGAUAAUGUUUACCUAGUUUUAAGAAAAGUCGUAAACACAACUCAAGCACAUUUAAUUUGUUUUAGUUGUGUAUUUGAUCUCGAUGCCAAGGUUAUUUAUCUAUUAAAAAAGUAAAAAAAAGUCACAGCUUUGGCCAUAUUUUAAAUUAAUUAUAGCAUAAUGAUAUGAUAUAAUAUACUUAUUUUAUAACAAUAUAGAAAUGCUUUUUAUUCUAAUAUACAUGUCUUUUCUGCUCGUCUUUAUCACAUAAUUGUACUGAUACUUGAUGAAUUGAACAGCUUUGCUCGAAGGUUUGAAUUGUAAUAUUAUGUUUUUCUUGAAUCUACACUAAUGAAUGUUUUUAUAUUGUACAGUUAUACAGUUGUACAUGAUUUUGGACAAUUUUCAUUUGUUAACAUUUAACCACAGGUGGGGACGGACGAACAGGAUCAUCUAUAAAUCGCAGAUUUUUAUUAUAAUUCGUCACUUGUUCUAUUUUCGAUUUAAACAUUAAUUAAAUAUUGCGUGAUAGACAAAGCUAACAUUCAAUCCCUUCGCGCUAGAUAGCGUUGUUGACUGUCCAGUGAUAAAGUUUCCUAUUCUAUCGUGGUCGCAUGAGCAUGAGCAUUCACACCUAAACUCUCUUGUACUGUACUAGUUGUACUUAGGUAUGCAUUUUAAAACUCUGCUUAGCAUGGUUAAGUCUGACCAUUUUGACAUGCGUCCACUAGUUUAUUUUCUUAAUUUAUCUGUACCUAUCUAUAUUGCGAAGAGCGGCUAGUGGCUGCUAGCUGCGCAAAUCCGUUCUCAUCGAAAAAAGUACUUGGCCUUCUUUGUUUUCACCUUGGUGAGGCCGGACUUCAAUUCUAAUCUCGCGGUGGGCUAUUGCUUUUAACAUUGCUAUUUUCACGGCCUUCGAUAAGAUAGCUAGUCUGGCGGAAUUCCAUAGCUACCUAUGCAAUAUGCAUAUUCUGCCUACUCGUUUUUAAGUAUCUUAAUAUUUUAUGUGUUGUCAUGACUUGAUUUUUCCGCCUACUUACGCAACUAUAAUUGUGUCUUUUACUAUAAAACGAGCCUAUAAAACUGAGAAGUAAAGCGGUUAUUAGAUCUACAGUGUCGCCUGGCCGCCCCCGGGGCCGGUAUCAUGGAUUUUCGAUGGUCGCGCUGACUGUCCCGUUUCACGAAAUAUCAGAACAUCGUUAACAAUAUUUGAAACGUGAAAAUAUAUUAUUUUGUUUGGAAUUGUCAAAAAUAUUCAAUGUAAAAAUAUCAAACAAUGAAUAUUUUUUAUAAUGUCAAAUGUCAAGUAUUACACUUAAAUUUAACUAGAUAUCUAUUGUGGAAAUAUAUUUUUUGGUAUAUUGGUAGCGGGUGUCCUGAUAUUCCGUGGAACGGAAAACUGCUGUUCUAGGGUGGUAGUGUUAGACCAAGAUAAGUCUGCAACGAUUUUAAUAGCACACGUAGCGAGUCAUUCCAUAUGAAACCGUCUGAAGGCGUGUGCUGACUAAUUUAAGAUUUUGCUAAAAAAAAAAACAAGGAGGGUGUCUAAAAAAAACUAAAUCCAUGGAGUUUUUUUAAUACUUUGUUUUCGAUCGGCACUCAUUGAAAGUUUGAAAUGGUGUCAUUUUCUUACUCCCAUAAUCUAGGUUCAAACUCCGCUUAGAAGCUUUUGCUGAAAAUUAUGUUUGUUUUUUAUUGUGGCUUAUUAACCACCGUUUCCAUAAUGACUAAUAGUAUCUAAUCAAUACGCUUCGGAACUGGGUACUGAGGCACUGAAGAUUCGUAUAAAUAUGCUAAUUUUCUUAGUUUUCAGACUAGAAUUCCGACUUUCCUAUUAAAGCCUGACCAGUAUAUAUGAUCAUUGUCAAGAGGGCGCUGUUAUUUUUAUGUAUAGGGUGACAGUUCAGUAUAUUAUGAAAAAAAUAGUUCUAAUGAAAUUCCGCAACAUGGCGCGUGAUCUUAUAUUCCUGGUCAGGCUUUAGACCAAAGACUUUGUUUUUUCUGGCUUCUAGAAUAUAACAAUUUAAACAAAUGUUGUCAAUUUCAAGUUCUCAAACUGUAUUUUUCGUAUGAAAAGACAUACUUACUUCUAUAUUGAAAUUUAAAAAACCGGACAAGUUCGAGUCGGACUCGCCCACCGAGGCUUCCGUACUUUUUAGUAUUUGUUGUUAUAGUGGCAACAGAAAUUAUACAUCUGUAAAAAUUUCAACUGUCUAGCUAUCACGGUUCAUGAGAUACAGCUGGUUACAGCCAGACAGACGGAUGGACAGACGGACAGAGGAGUCUUAGUAAUAGGGUACCGUUAUUACCGUUUGGGUACGGAACUCUAAAAAAUUGAAAUGGAAGCACUGACCGCUGGAAAAUCAAAUUAAGUGAAAAUUAAUAUUUGAAUUAACUAUCACAUGAUAGAUCAUAUGCUAAAAUUUACAUUGCAACUAGACUUUAUAGUGUUACUUUUGCUAAGGAGAUAUAUUUUUUGAAAAUCGUAAAAUUUGCACAACACGUAGUUAACCCCGGGUUAGUGGAAUGGUGAAAGUGGCGCUAAGAUCUUUAUCUUACUAUCAGUGUUGUGCAAAUUUUGUUUAUUUAUGGUUACCUGCCAAUAUAUAUACUAGUGGUUCUGUUAGACCUCGCGAUAAACUUAAAAAAAAUAAAAAUAAAGAAUACAUCAUUGUCGUUAUCACAGCGAACUCACAAUGGUCUUAAGCGCCAUGGACCGUGUGGCGCUUAAGUCUUUUAUGCCAAUUUCCGCAAUUUUGAACAUUUUCCAAAAAAAAAACAAAGAAAAAAAAAUCUUAACUACCAAACCUGUUCACGAAAUAUUAUAAGAAUAUGCUGAGAAAUGCAAUUAUAUGAGUUUUGCAUAUAUAAAAAAAACCUUUGCACUGCGUGCUAUCAAAAUCGUUGCAGACUUAUCUUGGUGUAACUGUAGCACCCAUUGACCGGCCCCCGUUUGCAAGUGCCCUGGCAAUCGUAUAGAUCUAAUAAGCGCUUAAGGUAUGAUUCACACCGUUUCGAGCUCUUCUGUGUCGCAACUACGCAGUAAAUACAUUUUUGGUAUUUCUGGCUAGAUAUCACACUCGUUGUCCUUUGUUCGGUACAAAUGCAUUGUGUUUUAUGUUCGCUAGUCGAGAAGUCUCAAGUACUUAUGUCCUAUGGAUUGCCUAAAUAUAUACAUAAGAAUUUAACUGCGAUCAAAGCGCACCAAGCGAUGUGUUAUUCCUAUUUGAAAGUGUUCUCUGUUGUGUUUCGCAUUAAUUUAAGAGGACGACAUUUUUCACGGUUUUGUAAUAAAAAUGUCGCCCAAAAAUAAUAUCCUCUUAAUAGUCCUAAUUUUAUUAUAGGUAGUUAUUGGAGAAUGAUUGGACUCUUUACAUCGAAUUUUAAAAUCUUAUUGGUGGAUCUGAUAUGUAGACGUUAGUUGCUAGCUUCGAUGUACAGUGAAAGUUUUAUAAAUAUUUCGUCAAAAGUAAUACUUUGAUAAUUAUUUGUGUAUAAAAAUGUCUUCCAAAAUAAGUAUAUAUUAAUUUUUGGGUCUCUAUUGUUUGACAUAAUUAUUGAAAGUCAUAAUGUAAUGAUUGUAUCAUUAGUCAUAAUUUGGUUUUUCUCAGAAACGCGUAACUUUUCAGGAUUGCUAUAAAACAAACCUAACCUAACCUAUACAAUGUGUGGCCUGUAAUACGAGCAAAAAAUUAAACUGUAGGCUGUACUCUUCAUACCGACCAACAUUUGUUCAGCGACUUUUAAAAAUAACUUGUGUUUUGAUUUUUAAUACACUUUAAAGUUUUUUCCAAGACUCAAUGUAUUGCGAAUUUUGUUAUGUUUAAGGUGUGACAGGCAACGUCAAUCACAAUGAUAAUGGCGUACAUUGAAGAUAAUAUUUAUUUUGUAUGAAAAAUACGAAGUCUAAAGUCUUCAUUAUUUUUUAAAUUCGCUGAACAAAUGUUGGUCAGUUUGAGGAGUAUAGCCUACAGUUUAAUUUUUUGCUCCUAUUACAGGCCACACAUUGUAUAUCUAUAGGAUAACCCGAGGAAAAUCCUGAAAGUCAACGGGUUCAGAAUUAUGACUAAUGAUAAUAUGACAAUCAUUACAUUAUGACUUUCAAUAAUUAUGUCAAACCAAGGGACCCCAUUAAUUUGAUUGUUUAUAAUAAAAGAUUUUGUAUCCAUUUUUAACAAUGAAACAAAGACUUCACCAUGGGUAAUAUAUAUAUGUUUUGGGUUUAUCGCCAAAUUGGUUAACGAGCCACCUUUUAAAUAUGUUUCAUCGCUAAAUUCACUUGUCUGUUUUGCAUAGGCUGGUAUUCCAUCUGUCCAAUAUCUUGGUCCAAUGUGUAUUUCUAUUUGCGUCUCACAUUUUGCUUAAUGAUAGAGUGAGACGCAAUGAACAUUAGACAAAGAAAUUUGUCAGGUGGCAUACCACCCUGAAUACAAGUUCUGCACUUAAACAAAAUGUGUUUAUCAUAUUUUUUACGAUGUAAUCUGUAGUGUGUCAUUACAUUAAAUAGGUACAUUUACCAAAUACUCAUAGGUAUUUAUUUGUCAUAAAAAUGUAGGUACGUACGAGCCCCGAUGCAUAUGUUUUCGUCUAGUCAGACCAUUUUUUAAAAUUCUCGCGUUUGUACAAAAAUAAUGUUUAAGUUUAAAAAUCACUAACAUUUAAUACUAAUGCUAAUGUAGUUUAAUUUUAUAUGGUAAUACUCUCCAAUAACUAAAUCCAAAUACACGAAAUACCGUUUGUACUAAAAAAAAAUAACGAUUUUUUUAUUUGACGGGUAGGAAUAUAACAGAUGUGAAAAGGGCUAUUACUAGGGGAAGCAACACGGCUCUACCAAUGUACUGACGAUUUUGUUUCGAGUCCAUGCAUGCAGCAGUGCUAUAGGAGAGGACAAUAUGAUUUGGAGAACGUUUUUGAAAAGUACAUUUUUUUAACAAUAAGAGUCUCAUGCAAUUUUAUUAUACGAUCAAAAUAAACUAGAUUAAACAUUACUAUUACGGUUCCCUUUACUGGGUCAUUUUAUCUUCAUGUGUAAAAUUUAUUAGAAUAAACAAAAUUGUUGUGUGGAGCUAGACGAACUAAUUUGCAUCGGGGCUCGUACAAGAGCAAUGAAGACUGGUCGCUUUGCGUGGCAUUUUCACUGCCCUUGAGUGUAGUUUUUAUUUACAUUGUAGGUUGUAUCGUAUACAGUAUUACCUCGAUGACUAGGUGUUUUUAUUCUAAUAAAUUACAGUGUACAGUAAAGCUGCUAUUUGAAAUUUCGAAAAUUUAGCAAACCUCACUGGUUACCAACAGCUACUUAUCAGCUAAAGUGUUUUGAUUGACCAGGGUACAGAAACCAGGGUGUCUCGCGGGAUAAAUUAGAACGAUAAGUGUUUUAAGUUUUCAGUUGAAAAAUAUUUUACAUGCUUGGAACAAAUGCUUAUAAGUACUGUAAAAAUGUUUCAAGUAUUGAGAAGGCGUAAACGAGACACACUUCAUCGUAGCUCGGUAAAUUUAUCUGACUGCCAUUUUACUGAAUAUGCGUUAAGGGGGCCCACUGAUUAUCAGUCCGCCGGACGAUAUCAGCCAGUCAGUUAGAUAAAAAAAAAUACUGUUCUGAACAACUGACAGGCCGAUAUCGUGCGGCGGACUUGUAAUCAGUGGGCCCCUUUACCUAUUUAUUAUUUCAAUAAAUACAUCCUCUACGAUUCGCGUUGUCUUGGAUGUUAACUUUAUUAUUUUAUAAAACAAGAUGCAUGCAUCAAUUAAUAUGAUUAAUUGUGAUUUAUUUAUUUAUUUCAUUUGUCUUUAUUUUCAACCGCUUAAUUUUCCAAAAUGAAUCGAAUUUAAAAAUAUUUUAAAAUACCUAUUAAAAGUGCAUAUAUGUAUGCUUCUGCACUACAGUUAUAAAACAAUGUUUUAGAAGAAAAAUAUUGUACCUACGUUCUUCCUUGAUGUUAAGUAGAAAUAACAGGCGGAAGACGACGUAAUAAACAACAUGUACAGUCGCCAUCAGAUAUAUCGGAGCGGCCAAGGUGCUCACAAAUAUCUGAACACGCCUCUAUUGUCAAGGCGCUAGGUGCGUGUUCAGAUAUUUUUGAGCACCUCGGCCGCUCCGAUAUAUCUGAUGGCGACUGUACCAUCGCCCACACUGUUACCAACUGUCCAUAGGUGGACUUUAUUACAUAAGGUUCACCUAUGGACAGUUAACAGUGUUGCUGUUUGUACCUACUAAAGCAACUUUUUGUGAGAUUCUUUUAAGUGGAAGUGGAAAAAAAUUUCUACAAAGAGGAAUAUGGGGACUAUGUUCGUAUGGAGAAGCGAUUGUCCACUUUCCUCUUACCCAGGUUUAUAUCUGCUGUGAAACUUAAAUCCAUGUGCCUUGUUAAUUUUACAAUUGUUAUGAACUGGCUGUGUAUGUGUAGCACUUAUUGAUUAAAACACUGGGUUUGUAAAUAUUAGGUACUUGGAAUUUAAAUUGUAAUAGGUUAAGGUACUUAUUUUUAUUGUAAAAACCUUCCUUAAAUAUUUUUUUCAGAAAUAUUAAGUACUUAAUAUUUCUAGUCAC